AUGGCGGGGGCGCGGCGAGAGGCGGCUGAAGUGGAGGAGGGGAGAGUGGAGGGGGUGGACGUCACGCCCUGCCCGCUCACGGGGAGCGGGGAGGUGGACUGCCGAGCGACCUUCCCUCAGAAGCCCAAGCUGAACAAGAGUGUGACGCUCACCAACCUGGUGGAGCAGCGUAGUGCCGCAGACAAAAUGGCCACCGUGGUCUUUUGUGACUUCUGCAACGAUGGCACGACCGCUGCCUCGAAGACCUGCCUCAAGUGUGAUAUGUCCUACUGUGCGACUCAUAAACAAGUGGGAGAGGAGACGCGGGCGGUGCAGGAGAAGAGGAGGGAGGCGGAGGAGUCCGUGAGGCGGAUGGAGGCCGCUCGCAGGGACAUGCAGGUACCACGUCUGGGCCAGAUUCUAGGUGGCAUUUAUUUCUCUUUGCAGGGAUCCAUGGCAGAUGAAAAGGCCUCAAUCUCGGUCAGAUUCACCCGCGCGAGAGCAGCGUUGGAUGCGGAGGAGAAGGCGGCUUUAGAGCAAGCGGAGCUGAAAGGGCGCGACCUGCUGUCCCAGAUCGAGAAGAAGAUCGCUCACUACCAGCGCGAGAUCAGCGAGCUCCAGGCAGCAGCCACUCGCCUGCAGGCCCUAGCACAGGAGAGGGACUCGCUCGCGUUCCUGCAGGGGCACCUGGAGCAGACAUGUCUGCUCUGCUUUCACAGGACAGGGAGGGUUACAGCAGCUCCACCCUCAGCUCCCAGUCAAGAGGACAUUGCCUCGCCUCAAGUCCUGGAGACACCUACAGUCAAACUCCUGUUUGGACGCUCACCGACUCUGGACACAAACUCAGCUAAUAACAAACUCCAGAUCUCCUCGGAUCUCAGGACGAUAACGGGAACUGGUGACUCCCAGCGUCGCCCCAAGCACCCACACCGGUUUGAUCGCUGUCCACAAGCCCUGUGCUGUGAGAGCUUCUCAUCGGGCCACCACUACUGGGAGGUGGACGUGGGGGACGCGUGGUGGUGUCGGGUUGGAGUCACCUACGGGACGAUCUCACGGAAAGGGAGUGGUGCUGCACAGUGGCUGGGAGGGAACGACGCGUCCUGGUGUUUAGAGAAACGUGACGACAACUUCUCAGUGGUUCAUGGUGGAGUGAAGACUGCACUGUCGGUGAGGGGGGCCCCGUCCCCCCGCAGAAUCGGGCUUCACCUGCACUGGGAGGGGGGGCUCCUGGAGUUUUACCGCGCCGACUCCAUGGAGGUGAUCCACGAGGUCCGGCAGAGAUUCUUGCAGCCUCUCUACCCUGCGAUGUGGGUGGGGUGUUGUAAUGGACCAUUGAAGAUCGUGGAUCUGAGUCGUGCAUCCUGA